CUCGAGACCCAGCGGAACAACGCAGAAGCGCUGGCGCACCAGGCGGCUCACCAGCUCACCGUCAGCCUGCACGACGCGCUAGCUGAGGUCAGUAGUGACGUGCGAGAUAUCCUCCCUGUCAGCGCGGCUCGAGACCCAGCGGAACAACGCAGAAGCGCUGGCGCACCAGGCGGCUCACCAGCUCACCGUCAGCCUGCACGACGCGCUAGCUGAGGUCAGUAGUGACGUGCGAGAUAUCCUCCCUGUCAGCGCGGCUCGAGACCCAGCGGAACAACGCAGAAGCGCUGGCGCACCAGGCGGCUCACCAGCUCACCGUCAGCCUGCACGACGCGCUAGCUGAGGUACAAAGGCUAAAGGAGGAGUUGGAAUCAAAAGACAAGCAGUUGGUACGGGCAAAACAGAAUUUGGAAGAAAAGGAAAAGCUGAAUGAGCGGCAUCAAGCGUUAUAUGGAAACUCAUGUAACCCCAAAGACAAGGUGAUCAUCCUAGAACGUGAACUCUCCGCCGCACAGACACGCAUCGGUCAGCUGGAAGCUCUAGCCAAGAGUCUAGAACAGGAUAAAGAUGAGCUGCAAGCGACCUUACGCGACCACCAGAGCGCUUUGGCCGAGCGAGAGGAGCAGCUGCAGGAGAUCAUGGCUCUCAAACUGGACGAAGACCAAAAAGAAGACGAACCAGAAGGCAAAACCUCUGCCAGAACCCUCAGCGAUAUCGUCUCCAUCUCCGAGUUCGAUGAACAAGACCUUCAAAUGCGACGCGCAGAACUCAAAGCACACAACCUUAGUCUCUCCGGCAUACCUUACGACACUAGAGAUAAAACACAAAACAGGACUUUACCUCCCGAUGUAUCCAAGCCCAACAUGAGCUCUCUCAACCUUGACUUUAUCGACCACUUCGAUCUACCCAACUUCACUCCGCGAGCUGAAUCACUACCGCUAACAUCCACCCAGAACAAAGACAGGUUCAAGAGAAACGUCAAUGAAACUACCGUCUUCGGCACUGCGGAGAAAUUUGACGCUAAACAUUCUACAGCUCAGAAUAUACCUGAUAACUGCUCUCUAUAUCCAAAUAGAGAGGUAGAUGAAAGCAAAGAUGUUAGCGUUGCUCCGAAGAAGAUUGACUUCUCAGCUGAAGCUUCUCAUGAUAACAGAAGCCAAGACGAAGAGUUUACGUCACUAAGAGAGCUAGGCAUCACUCUUGAUAUCAGACAGGAGAACUUCCCAGAUAUACUAACUCAGUUGAAACAUGAAAUCAAAAAGUCUAGGACUGAACUUGAUACUUGCAAAUCGGAGUUGAAAAACGCAGAAGAACAGUUAUGUGAGUUCCCAGCUCUUAAAGAAGAGGUGGAGGAGUUAAAAGGCCUGCUAGAAAACACUAUGGCUACCAUGGAGAAUGAUAAGAAAUUCUACGAAAAUCAACUAGAACAUUUCUCUUCAAAUAAAACUCUGUUAGAACAAAGAGUUGAUGAACUAACGCAAGAAGUCAAUGAGAAAUCAAAAGACUUACACCUGCUUAAAGAAGAUAUUCUCAGGAGAGAAAAUAUGAUACUAGAACUAGCUAAAGAAAAACGUAAUUUAACCAACAAAUUGACUGAACUAGAAGUCAAAAUUGACGAAAUACAGAGCAGAAAUAACUCUUUAGAAAAAUGUGAAACUGAAAACCGCAUUUUGAAAGAGAAGAUUUCGGAACUACAGAAACUUGAACAAUUAGUUUCUGAGAAGAAUCAACAAAUUGACAGUUUAAACCAACACUUAGAUAGAUUAGACGACAUGCAGAGACGCCUUAAUGACAAAACAGAAGAACUAGAAAACUUAAAAGAGGCAUUUGAAGAGAAAUCAAAUGAAUUAUUCAGACUACAAGACACCAUUGACGCUCAACAUCGCGACAUCGACAAAAUAAACGAAGACAAUAACAAUUUAAACAUAACUAAUAAAGAACUAAAACUCAAACUAACUAAACUAGAGAAAGAACAAGAGAACGCAUCACUUAAACUACAAAACAGCGAAACUGAACUAGAAAGAGUGAACUCGCUAAACAACGAACUAACAGCUAAAAUAGAAGAGCUAAAAGAUCUAACAGACAGGCUUAAAGAUAAGGAGACAGAGAUAGAUAUACUGAAUGAAGAUAUAAACUCGUAUCAUGAAGAGAUAGCGUCUCUAAAGGAGCAGAUGAAGAUGGUGUCCCGCAGUCCGUCUCCGAAGAGUAAGAACGAAAAGACGGACAGACAGGCGAGCAACGAUAAGAGGCAGCUGGCCAAGAUUAGGAAGCAGAUAUCGCUGCUGCAGCAUGAACUGGACUUUAAUAGGAAAGAACUCAAUGAUAAGGCCUUCGAGCUAGCCAAAGCCAAGUUAGACGUGACAGAACUACGCAACAGCCUAUCACAAGCGAGCAAGCAAGCUGCCGACGGGGAGGAGUACAAACAACAAAUGGAGGCAGUCAGAGCGGAGAGGGACAGAUUAGCUGAACAACUACAAGCAGUGUCUGAGAGAAUACGGGAAGAGUCAGAUAUGGCCGAGCUGAAAAUGAAACUGCACGAGAAAACUGACAAGUGCCAGGAGCUGGAAGCCGAGAUCCAAGAUUUGAAAGAUCUAGUAGACAGGCUUCGCGAAACCGGACAGCAAUGUCCGUCCGACCAACGCGCGCUGGUCGUGAGCGGCACGAGGUCCCCGACCGCCGAACUAGAACGCGCGCUGCGGGACCAACUCAACUACUCGCACCAACUCGACCAGGACAUUAUAGAACAGAUUCUUUCAGGCAGUAGCGACGAACACGAAGACAUUCCGAGACUCGCUUUAAACUCUUCCAAAUCAUCAAGCUCGAUCCACUCGACGUCAUCAGAUCGAAUGAACCGUCUCAAAUCUGAGAAUGACAAACUGGUCAUGCAGGUCAAUAAUCUAGAAGCUAGGCUGAAGGAUAAAGACGCGCUCAUCACGGAACUCAAUAGAAUACGUGACAAGUUAGUGCAAGAUUGGCAGGCAGCUAAACUCCGCCUGCAGGCAGAAAAGGACAACUGCGGACGGCUACAGCUGUUACUGCUCACACACAAGGAGAGCGCAGAAACUUUACAGAACCAAGACUCGAACAUGAUCCAGAUCCUGAAGAAGCGUCUAGAGAGCGCGAUGCAGUCCGAGUUGGAGCUCCAACAGCGAGAGGCGCAGCACAAAGCGCGCCUCGCUACGCUCGAGAGGCAACUCGCGCCCUCCGCCCACGGGGAGCCUAGUGCCCAGCUGCUGCAAGCAGAGCAAGAGAAUUCAGAACGGCUUCGCGGCGAGAUCUCCCUCCUCAAGUCCAAACUAGAAGUGGAAAGAACGAGAGCGGGCGACACACAGGCCUUACUCGACCACAGCAAAGCGCACUUCCAAAAGGAGCUAGACGCCAAGACCGAACAGUGUCAUGCGCUGAGGACCGAGUUAGCUGAGCUUAGAAGACUCAAACAUGACGCUGGCGUCGAGUUGCUGCGAGCGAAAGAGUUGCUGAACAUCCAGAGCGGCGCCAUCUCCGAAUUAGAACAGAAACUGGCGGCGCAAGCGCAGAAGCAGAGACCUAUCAAUGAUGCUCUGACGGAGAUUGAGUCUCACAAAACGGAGUUAGCACGCGAAAUAACCAAUCUCCGAGUACUAGUAACUAGUCCUGAACUGGCCGCAUUACGCGACGCGAGGCAAGAGUUAUCUUCGCGAGUCGACGCGCUACAAACUGAGCUGCGAGCGACCAAUAAAGGGACGGAAGAAAAGGACCAGGCUAUUCGUUACCUGCAUAACCGCUGCCUGAAACUGGAGAGCUGUCGCAAGGCCCUCGUGUGGCAGAAGAGGUAUCUCCAACGAGUGGUGGCCGGCUACAACGAACUGGAACGUAGCCUGCGACUAACCCGCGCGCCUGAACAAAGCACCGGCAAGAAGAGGUUCAAAUGCGUGGCUACGUGUGUGAUCGUGGUGCUCCGCAUGGGUUUCCUAGUGCGACGGCGCGCGCAGCUCCGCGCGCUGUCCGCCACCGCUAUCCUGCGCCCGCGCACCGACAACACCCCGUCCACGCCGAGGCCCGCCGACAGCACGCCGACGGCGUCGCGGCCCCGCGCGCGCGCGCGCGACGCGCUAGUUCGCCGCGUGCUCGACCACGACCGGACACUGCAGUCCCCGUCUACUCCACAGCUGGGUGACUUCAUCCGCCGGUCCUACAGCUCUAACUCACAACACGACGACUCCUUCGGGCUAAGUACUCCUCGCGGCGGCGCGUCAGCGUACCUGGACAAGCUCGGGCUCGUGAGCCGCUGCCUCGACCACGCCAUGGAUGCCUCGCGCGACGUGCCCUGAUCACAUCGCCUCACGUCACCAUAGCUAGUGACGUCACAACACCGAAUGUGACGUCAUUACACCGGGCGUAGCGUAGAGUCGUCACCACGCCGAACGGUGUGAAGACGUGACGUCACUUCACCGAGCGGUAUGAACACGUAACGUCAUGACACAGGGCGUAGCGCAGCAAGUCGCGAAGUGACGUCACGCAGCGCUUCAUGAUCCUUGGCGAACGUUCCUGGCCUUUACGCUAAGUCUGUAGCGACUAAAGGUCGGUUGCACCAGACUGCCUAUCACCACUAAAGAGUCCGCUAAAUUUUAUCGUAUGGGAAGUUUCAUACUUUGUUUGACGUUAAUUGUUGAAUAUGUUUGGUGCAACUGGGCCUAAGUUGUAACAACGUAUUGCAGUGCCAUACUUGUACGGACUUAGCUUGAACGAGAGCAUAAUUAGUCGUGACUAUUUAUUUUCAAAUGAGUCGAGGCUGAUUGUGUCAGGAUUGAGUUCGUAUCAUGAGGUCAUUUAAAAAUAUCGCCAGUCACCAAGUCUUGAAGGUUUCACUUCUAUUUUAGACUAACCAAAUGUUGGUUUUGUUGGCUGGCGAAUUUAGAUGAGUUCAUGAAUGGAAGAAGUAAUUUAUUUUGAUCUUUUAUAAUGUAUGACUGGUGCAGAAUCUUAUAUGCUGACAUAUUAUAACGAAUUUAUGAUCUUAUUUCAUGUUAAAGUUACCUGUACUUUUCCUGUUUUAGUUUCAAAUGAACUUAAAAGAAGGAAUCGCGUAGAAAAAGUAAGAUUUUGUAAGUAAUUGUAAUUACUGGAAGAUUCUUAUUACUAACAUUUGUAGUAUGUCAGCAUUUCAUGGUUCUAAUGUUGCAUUUUAUUUAUAAUUGUAUCCCAAUGCAUUUCCAUUUGAUUGGCCAGAAUUAGACUUAAGUAUUAGAAUAGUGCCAAAUUUAAUUAGUUGUAUUUUGUGUUACUUAAUUUAUGUUUAAAUUAAGGCGUGUUUACACGGCGCGCGAACUCCCUUGCGAUUUUAGUUACACCGCGAACUUUUCAGGUUACAAAUACAGUGUGUAAAUCUAAUAUGGGCGAAUUUCUUAACGACGGUCAGUAUUGGACUAGUGACCUACUUAGAAUUGAAAUUAUUAUUUUUUUCUAUACAAAAUAAUUCAACCCGCAAUGUGAUUCAACCACACUCGCUUUAAACGCAGUAAAAAGUUCUUAUCGCGUGUGUAAUAUCAUUAACAGUCAUAGGAACUAUGUUUACAGAAUAUGGCUGCUGACAAAAUAAAAAAAAAAUAUGGGGUGAAAAUUAAGAGCAACUUAAAAACAUCUCUUGAUUAAUGAUAAUACUAACAAUUCUAUGUCAGGUUUAAUUUAUCGCCCGUAUAAGUCUUACACACUGAUCUCAUCUCAUCACAAUGUAAUGAAAUUCGCAUGCUAGUUCUCGCCCCGUGUAAACGUACCCUUAGGUAAGCGUUGGAGAUCUUUCCAUGUUUCGGUUGUUGCCACUCCGCCUAUUUGUUUUUUUUUUGUAUGUAUGUAUGAGAGUGGAUUGUAUGUAAUAUUUAGUAUUGAUAACCUUGUCGUCCUACCUUGCCUUAGUACAGUUAAUUCAAAACUAUCAAAGCGUUUAAAAUGACUAUAUCAUUUAGGCACUGUUUCCACUAAACGCGAAUAAGCGAGCUAUCGGAGAAACGAACAAAAGAUAGUCGCUCGCGUGUAAAUAAAAGAGAGAGACGAACUAUAACUCGCACGCGCUAUCAUCGCGCUUUAGUCACUGGUCCCACCGCGAGCUAGUAAGGCUAUAAAAACG